AUGCAAGCAGCAGUUGAGCAAAUAAGGCGCAAAACCCAACUGGCAGACCUCACACCCGAGGAUGUGGAACUCAUGUAUACGGUGUGCGCAUUUGAGACAGCCUGGCAGCGACGCCGUGCCCCCUCGGUCUGGUGCAGCUUCUUUGAUUAUGAAGCUCUGCUGGCCCUGGAAUUUGCCGAGGAUCUGGCUUACUAUUGGAAUGAUGGCUAUGGCUAUGAUCUGACACAUCGCAUUGCCUGUCCGGCGAUCGCCGAUAUGUUUGCAGCCAUCGACUCGGAGUCCGGACGCGCCAAUGCUACCUUCUACUUCACACACUCGGGCACGCUGCUUAAACUGUUGGCCCAUCUGGGUGUGGCGAAGGAUGAGCAGCCUUUGACACAUAAGGACUAUGGCUAUCCGCGUCGUUGGCGUACGAGCGAAAUUGAUGCAUUCGCGACCAAUUUGGCCUUUGUGCGUUACGAUUGUGAUAAUGCCGAGCCUCAUGUGCUUGUCAUGCAUCAGGAGCGGGCGGUACGCCUGCCCGGCUGUCCCCAAGAUAGUAAUCUGUGUCCACUCCGUACUCUUCGUCGCCUUUAUGCCGAUGAUGCAGAGCAAUGCGAUUUUGAAGCGCUCUGUCGGAUAGCUGCGCCGCCAACGACUUCAUAA